GAGAUGAACACGGCUAUCAUAAUGAGACCUUUUGUUGUAUUUUUUUUUCUGCCAGCUCUAGAUUCUGGAUCUAAUUUGAAUACAUACACACUUUAUUUGUAACAUAAACGUUUUGUUCCCAGCGAACAAAAGAUCACAGCUGGCAGGCAGGUUACGUCUGAUGGAAGAGUUAGUUUCUGUCUUGUAUAAGCAAAACGUCUAGACUUAGAUCUAGAUCUAUUUCGUCCAUACGUCUAUAGCUACAAACGUGUGUAAUACAAAUAUUGGAUUCAAUACUACAAACUAUUGAGCUAUAGGAAAACAUAAACUUAAAAAAAACAGGAGUCUACAAACAAAACAAAUAAACGAGUUUCAUCUACACCAUGAUUCUUCAGUAUAUUAGGAUGCUUCUAACCCCAUGUCAAGAUUAAGAAGAUGCUUUUGCUUCUGUUGCUCGAGGAAACCAUCGCGCCCACCCAAGCUUCCCCCCUACUCAGUCUUCUACUUUCGACGACGGCCAUGGUCGAGGACGACCGGGCCUUGCAAUGAUGUCCAAAUUCUUAUUGACCAGCUCUUUCUCUCCAGCGUGGACGUCGCCACUGAGGAUCCAGUGUUGAACACCAGAAGAGCAAAACUUUUAGGCUCCCGCAAGAAGUUGCUGGAGAAGAGACUAAGGCGCAAGCUAACCAAUAGAGAAGUCAUUGAGAAAGAGAAAAAUAGGUUUGACUUCCACUGGGAUUUCAGAAGCAGACUGCACCAGUUUAGGUCAUCGGGCAUUCUCAGGGUUAUUAAGUCAGUGCAUAGUCGAGGUACGGAUUUGGACCAAAUCCUGAUGGAGUUUGAUGCAAUUGAGGAAGCCAAACUUCAGAAAAUCAAUAAGCAUUCAAAUCCAAAUACUCGAGUACCAAUGGAAGGAUUAAUUCUAAAGUUUACAAAUGUUGUGAAAGGUUAUCAGUAUCGGUGGUUUGUGCUCAAUCCAGAAUCUGGUACUCUAGAAUACUUUGAAAAAGAAGAACACAAAAAAUUAAAGCCCAGAGGUUCUAUUCAUUUAGCAGCAGCAGUUGUUUCUCCAUCGGAAGAAGAUUCUCAGACUUUUAUAAUUAGUGCUGCAAGUGGGGAACUUUUCAAAUUACGAGCUGCUGAUGCUAAAGAGAGACAACUUUGGGUGGAUCGUAUUCGAUCUACAGCAGAAUAUCACACUGCUAACAUGGCCCAGGGUCAGACUGCUUUAGUCCAGAAGUCACAGUCUUUAGCCACUGAUCAAUUGUCCAUACUGUCUGUCAGCCCUACACAGAAGGGAUCAAUUGUCACACAACAUUCAACACAUAAGGAUUCUUUCAAGAAAUCCAAAGGUUCUCAUGAAAAUUUGCAUUACAUCAAAAAAGUCAGCAGAGAUGAGACACUAACUGAAGUCAAAGACUAUUUAUUAGAAGCUGAAGAUUAUGCCAGACAUUUAGAGGACAAAAUUCUAGCACUUCCUGUUUCUGGACAUUACAUUAACUCUUUAGAUUCCGAUAUUUUAAUGCUCAAGGCAACAGCAGCAGCCACUUUACAGUGUAUACAAGAUUGUAUCAAUAUACUUUAUACUGCUGAGCUCCCAGUGAGGUCGACAGUUCAGACCUUAGAUGAGCAAGUUGUCAACAAGUCGGCCAUUUUACGUUUAAGUGGGGGAGUAAUGGAUGAUUCUGAGCCCUUACCAGAUCCUGAAGAAGAGGUUUUAGAUGAAGUUGUUGAAAAAGAUACAGAGCUUGAGGGAAUGGAGGAACAUAAAUCUGUGAUACUGCAUUUGUUGUCACAACUCAAGUUGGGCAUGGACUUGACUAAGGUAGUGCUACCAACGUUCAUAUUAGAAAAGAGAUCUCUGUUAGAAAUGUUUGCAGACUACAUGUGUCACCCAGAUUUGUUCCUCAAAAUUCCAGAAAUUACAGAGCCAGACAAGAGAAUGCUUGCUGUGCUAGAAUGGUAUUUAUCUUCAUUUCAUGUGGGAAAACAGGGCUCAGUCGCAAAGAAACCCUACAACCCAAUCAUUGGUGAGACAUUUCAUUGCUCCUGGAGACUGAGAGGUUCAGAUGAGAAGCAGCAAACAAUUAUUUAUACAGGAGAACAAGUGUCCCACCAUCCACCUAUUUCAGCCUUCUACUUUGGCAGUCCUGAUGGUAAAGUUAAAAUGAAUGCAUCCAUUUAUACCAAGUCCAAGUUCAUGGGCAUGUCUAUAGGUGUCUCCAUGAUAGGCAAAGUCAAGUUGUCCUUUGAAGAGCUGAAAGAGGAUUAUAUAUUUGGUAUGCCAAGUGCCUAUGCCAGGUCCAUUCUGUCUGUCCCAUGGAUGGAGCUUGGUGACAAAGUUACGAUUGUUUGCGAGAAGACUGGCUACCAAGCUAGCAUUGUCUUCCACACUAAGCCAUUUUAUGGAGGCAAGUUGCAUCACAUCACAGCUGAAGCUAAAAAUAUAAAAACAGGGGAAGUCAUUUGUAAAGCCCAAGGAGAGUGGAAUAAUGUGAUGGAGUUGACAUACCCUAAUGGCUCCACGAAAACGCUAGAUGUCAACUUGCUCGAUGUUCACAGGAAGUAUGUCAGGCCAGUAGAAAAACAGAAAGAGUAUGAAUCUCGUAAAUUGUGGUUGCAUGUGACCAAGGCACUGUCCUUGGGAGAUAUCAACACUGCUACAGAACAUAAGAAAAUUCUUGAAGAAAUCCAGAGAGAAGGUGAAAAACAUCGCCGUGACCUCAACAUAAAAUAUUCAGCGAAGUAUUUCAAAAAUGUGGAUGGAAUUUGGCUGUUCAAAGCUUUACCUGAUGACUUUGCCAGUGAUAUCAAAAAGUUGAGUGCAACGUAACAUGACUGCAAGUGUUCUCUGCCCCUGGAAGUAUCUCUGUCAUAUGUUGGUCUCAUCUGUUUGGUUCAUGCCCUGCUCCUACUAUGUGCCCUUUUCUUUCCUUCAUUCAAACACAGUUGAUGAGACGAGGUGGCUCAGAGAGGCUCUUCCUCUGUGAAAAGAGAUGAAUGUUUAUCCUGACUACAGUGUUUGUGUACUGUCUUGACAAGAAGUCCUACAAUUUACUUUUUCACAGCCUUAGUCAUCUAAAGGAGAUUUAUUAGUGUUUUGCCAAUUAAUAAACUGAAUAGACAGCUCAUCAUUUUUUUUCUCUUAGAAGCAGUAUAGACAUGGUUUGUGUUUUUUUUUUUGGUCUUCCAUUGAAUGUUAUUUAAAUGUUCAAACCAUACGUAGAUUCAUUACAUUCAGCUCAGAUGUAAGGUUACAUUUUCAUAGAAAUUAGGAGGGAUGUGGUUGUGGUAGAUUUUUUUUUUUUUAAAUUACACAUCAUUAACAACAUGGAAUCAAUGCUAGUUAACCAUUCCUCACCUUGGCCAUUAUAUUUUUGACUGGAUCCUGCUGCUAACAAAACUAGCGCAACUGCUGCUUGUUAUUAGUUUGAUAAACUGUAGAAUAGCACUUACUGAUGUCUGCUUGAGAACUUGUAGAAUAGCACUUACUGAUUCUAGCUUUCAUGUUUGUCCAUGCAAGUGAUUAAACAAACAUAAAUCCUUUUGUUAGUUAUUUCCCCUUAACUGAAAUGGAAUUACAGAAAGACUGGUUUGCAUGAAUGUUUUAUGUUUUUGAAACCAUAGAUUUUGACUGUUUUGACGCCAUUAUUUUAUUAUUAAUAAAAUUGACAUUGUUACUUGUUCUUGUACAUAUGUCAGUGCAGCGGAAAAAUUGACCUGUGAUAUUUAGGAACAUUUAGUUGUCAGGCUGCAAGGGAUGUAACUUAUGCUAAAUAUCAAACCAACUUUCUUUUAUCAAAAUUAUUUUGACUAUAACAAUGUAAAUAUUUUCUAGAACUCUGUCUGCAGUUUUUUUUUUAUCUGGAACUACAAUUCACUUUUCAACUGUUCAUCCCCCAAACAAAAUUCUACCAUUCAUGAAUAGUCUAUCAUUGUGUUAUUUAAGAAUUAUCUUUCAAUCCCUUUUUUUAUUUCAGUAGGAACCUUUCAAAUAAAACCUCUUAUUCUGCUUGAUUGCUGACGGCAUUUAGUCCAUACAGUUGUAGAAGUAAAGGAUAACUUUGUGUCAAAGGAUAGCACUAAAUGGUCAAGCAAAGGCCUGCCUUAUAUACUUCCCUUUCUGGCCAGAGUUAUUUCCCCUUUGUAAACAAAUAAUUUGUAAUGAGUGAACUUGGAACCAUUUCAUAAUUGCCAUAGCAUUAUCAAGUUCAGCCUGUGACACUUGGAAUAGGGCUUUCAUGUUCAGUUAUCUCAAAGAUGGCUGUGCUAAACAAAAAAAGAAAAAAAACAACAUUAAUGUUGAAACCAAAACUAAAACUCUCUGGAGUUAUUAGGCUCUGAUAUGUUGAUGCUAAGGAUUUGUGUGGAUGUUCUGGAUAUGUGUGUGUGUGUGUUGAUAUUUGUGUGAAUACGUGUUGAUAUGUGCAUGUGUGUUGACACUAACAACUGUUAACUUGAUGGAGAGAGAGAGAGUGUGUAGACUUAACAAGGUCAGAUAACUCUACGAUGUGUUAUACCAACAAUUUGAAAUGAUGCUGUUGUGUAUCACUGGUCUACUUGAACUCUUGUUGAGCUAUUUUACUGUGUGUGCGUGUCUGUCCCCAUUGCAUUUCUUUUGGAACUGAAUCAAAUAACUCUCUGUAUAUUAUGCAUAUCAUUGUGAAAGGUUUGGUUGAUAUCUGUAGACUUGAUCAUGUAGCUAGUACGUAGAUAUGAAGGUAGUCUGGUGUCAUUAUCAUCUAUAGUAUUUUUAUGACUAUAAUUAGUAUUACUACAAACUGCUCACGUGUCACACUGCAACACAUUGACAGCAGCAGAAAUGUAUUUUUACAGCUAAUACAGAAUGUAUUUUCUACAGCUA